AGCCCCGAACGCGGCCCCGCGACCGGAACUAGAGAACUCUAUGAUCUCACAGGGACUUCCGCUUCCGCCCCCAGCGGGCUCGGUUGGAGAGGAGUUUUCCGCUGGUGCGCAUUAAAGAUCCACAACCAUGACUGACUCCAAGUACUUCACAACCAAUAAAAAAGGAGAAAUCUUUGAGUUAAAGGCUGAACUCAACAAUGAAAAGAAAGAAAAGAGGAAGGAGGCUGUGAAGAAAGUGAUUGCUGCUAUGACUGUGGGGAAAGAUGUUAGCUGUCUCUUUCCAGAUGUAGUGAAUUGUAUGCAGACUGACAACCUGGAACUAAAGAAGCUUGUGUAUCUCUACUUGAUGAACUAUGCCAAGAGUCAGCCAGACAUGGCCAUCAUGGCUGUCAACAGCUUUGUGAAGGUGGUGGCUAAUGCUGUAGCAGCAUUAUCUGAAAUCAGUGAAUCUCACCCAAACAGCAACUUACUCGAUCUGAAUCCACAGAACAUUAAUAAGCUACUGACAGCCCUGAAUGAGUGUACCGAACGGGGCCAGAUUUUCAUCCUGGACUGCCUGUCUAAUUACAACCCUAAAGAUGACCGGGAGGCUCAGAGUAUCUGUGAGCGGGUAACUCCUUGGCUAUCUCACGCCAACUCAGCAGUGGUGCUUUCAGCAGUUAAAGUCCUAAUGAAAUUUCUAGAGUUGUUACCCAAGGACUCUGACUACUACAAUAUGCUGCUGAAGAAGUUGGCCCCUCCACUUGUCACUUUGCUGUCUGGGGAGCCAGAGGUGCAGUACAUCGCCCUGAGGAACAUCAACCUGAUCGUCCAGAAAAGGCCUGAAAUCUUGAAGCAGGAGAUCAAAGUUUUCUUUGUGAAGUACAAUGAUCCCAUCUAUGUGAAACUAGAGAAAUUGGACAUCAUGAUUCGUUUGGCAUCCCAAGCUAACAUUGCUCAGGUUCUGGCAGAACUGAAGGAAUAUGCCACAGAGGUGGAUGUCGACUUUGUGCGCAGAGCUGUGCGGGCCAUUGGACGGUGUGCCAUCAAGGUGGAGCAAUCUGCAAAGCGCUGUGUAAGCACAUUGCGUCUCAUCCAAACCAAAGUAAAUUAUGUGGUCCAAGAGGCGAUUGAUAUCUUCCGCAAAUACCCCAACAAAUAUGAAAGUAUCACUGCCACUUUGUGUGAGAACUUAGACUCACUGGAUGAGCCAGACACUCCAGCAGCUAUGAGUUGGAUUGUGGGAGAAUAUGCUGAAAGAAUUGACAAUGCAGAUGAGUUACUAGAGAGGUUCCUGGAAGGUUUUCAUGAUGAAAGCACCCAGGUACAGCUCACUCUGCUUACUGCCAUAGUGAAGCUGUUUCUCAAGAAACCAUCAGAAACGCAGGAGCUGGUACAGCAGGUCUUGAGUUUGGCAACACAGGAUUCUGAUAAUCCUGACCUUCGAGACCAGGGCUCUAUUUAUUGGCGCCUUCUCUCAACUGAUCCUGUCACAGCCAAAGAAGUAGUCUUGUCUGAGAAGCCACUGAUCUCUGAGGAGACAGCUCUUAUUGAGCCAACUCUGUUGGAUGAGCUCAUCUGCCACAUUGGUUCUUUGGCCUCAGUGUACCAUAAGCCGCCCAAUGCUUUUGUGGAAAGAAGUCAUGGAAUCCAUCGCAAACACUUGCCAGUACAUCAUGGGAGCACUGAUGCGGGUGACAGCCCUGUUGGCACCACCACUGCCACCAACCUGGAACAGCCUCAGGUUAUCCCCUCUCAAGGUGACCUUCUGGGGGAUCUUUUAAACCUUGACCUUGGUCCCCCAGUCAAUGUGCCACAGGUAUCCUCCAUGCAGAUGGGAGCAGUGGAUCUCUUGGGAGGAGGACUAGAUAGUCUGGUGGGACAGUCCUUCAUCCCAUCAUCAGUGCCUGCAACCUUUGCUCCUUCACUUACUCCUGCUGUGGUCAGCAGUGGUCUGAAUGACCUAUUUGAACUCUCCACAGGGAUAGGCAUGGCACCUGGUGGAUAUGUGGCUCCUAAGGCUGUCUGGCUGCCUGCAGUAAAGGCUAAGGGCCUGGAGAUUCCGGGAAUACUUACUCACCGCCAAGGGCACAUCUAUAUGGAAAUGAACUUCACCAGCAAAGCUCUGCAGCACAUGACAGACUUUGCAAUUCAGUUAAACAAGAAUAG